UCUACACCUGGACUACUUCCGCUCAGCAGCUCAAGCGUGAUGUCAUUGCCCUGCGGGCGGAAUGACGUCUUUGCUCGCUCGCGUUUCGUGACGUCAUCGCGCGGCCCUUUACCAAAGGCGGGAAAGUUUCGUUGGGCAGGGCGUUAACAACAACAACAUUGUUGUCAUCGUUAUAUCGGCGUUACAAAUUACACAACGUCGCCUAUUGUCGCGCUUUGGUGUCUUGAUACCAGCAUGGUCGACUUUCAAGUGCUACGCUGCUACGCGUGCGGAACUUUCCAGGUUCAUCAGGUGAAAAGUAGUUCAAAGUUUACUUGCAAAAUGUGUGGAGAGAAGCAAUCCGUUAAAAAGGUCUAUGCUGUGUCAAGUGGAAAGGACUGUCGAAUGAUUGUGCAGCAGCUCAACCGCUCACAAGGAGAGAAACAUGACCAGAGGGCUGCUGGCACGAGUGACGAUGGUUCGUCUAAAGAUGAUGAUGAUGAUGAUUGUGGAGGCAAUGCUGCUGAUCGUGAGCCGGAUGUCUGUGGGGAUGUAGAUGCGGAGAGAUCAACUUUAUCAUCAGGCAUGUGGGUUACAGGCGGUGGGCCAGGUUUGUGGACUCAACUGCACCAUGUGAAGAUGCUGACAAUGACGAGGAGGCUGAGUCGGUCACUCUCAACCAGAGUGAGUGGAUGGGGUGUCGACGCCAAGGCAGAAGCUUGACGCGGGUACGAAGAAGACAGGGUCCCAAGAAAGAUGAAGAAACAUUGCCUCACAUCGCAAAGAGAAAUCGAACUCUCACUGCCUGGACACCAUGCGCAAAUGACACUAUUUGCCCACAAGGCAAAAUCAAUCUCCCUUUCCUUCAAGCCACAGUAGACCCUCUCUGCUCUCACGAAAAAACUGACAUGACCUACUCUCAGGACCAAGGCAACUCUGUACACAUUCAGGAUAAAAUUGAAUAUAUUUGCAAUCAAGAAAACACCGGUGCUGUCUUUCCUCAAGGCAAAAUUGACACUGUCUCUUCUCAGAGCAAAAUUUAUUUUAAUCAGGAGAAAACAUACCCUCUUGCCCCCCAAGGUAAAAGCAACUUCUGUCCUCAGAGCAACACUGACCAAAUGUUUCCUCACCAAAAAGUGGUCUCUAUGUGCUCCCAGGAAAAGAAUAGCUCAGUCUUCCUUCAAAAUAGCAAACAUGUCACAUUAUUUCAAACAGAUGAUGAUUUUGAUGAAGACUUUUAAUAACAACAGGAGGUAGCCCGGAUGCUCGGGCUGAUAAUGGCUCAAACAGAGUGGAUAUUAAAUUGUUAGAGCCCUAAAACUUCAUGCAUUGACAUUUUAUGCCUGCGAAGCCAGCACUGCUGAGCCAGCCCUGCUGAGCAUUGUAAUGGAUGGGCAUUCCUUAACAUCCCGUGUCCUCUUAGCAUACGUACGUAUCUCAUGAGGUUCAUAAUAAUAACACCCAUCGAUGAAGAAGACAUCUUAUUUUCAAAAAAAGAUUUCGAGAUGUGUAAUGAAUGUUGAUUGAUAACAUGUUAUUUGUCUUCCUUUCAAUCAGGUGGUUUCUCUUGCAGAUGCAUGUCAUUGUAACUUGAGAAUGUAUAUACAUAGCAAUAAAGUUAUAAUUGAAACACUUAUUAAUUUAAUAUGAAAUGCGGUACUCCAAUGGAUUUGAUAUAAACCAGUGUAUACUAUUACAUCGGAUUCAUAUCUCUGCACACUCGACAG